AUGGUGGACGAACUGUUAGCGAGCACGUGGGAGCCAACAGACCCGACUUUCGACACGAAGAGCAGUCUAACCUCGUUCAGCCAGCACACGUCAUCUCUCAGCGCUCUCCAAAGCGUAUUGGCUGCGUCGAUUGAGCGUCUCGUCCAGCACCGCAAAGUGGUGUCUAACCGUAUUGCAGAACUGGAACAGGACAGUCGACGAGUGAGCAGCAAGUUCCAUGAGGGACUGCUCAAGCCGGAUAUGCUGCUUAAUGAUAUUUGUGCUCAGAUGGAAGACUUGGAGGAGAGAUUUACUAAAGUGAGUUCUUCGGCCGUGACGAUUGGAGAUAAAUUGUCGACGUUGGAUACGGAGCGGUCCCGAGUAUUGGAGACGGACGAGUUGAUGGAGGCGCUAUUGGCUCUGCACGACCCCAGUAGCAAGUUGACCAACUGCAUGAAGCUUCACGGAUUAUCAAAAAGAUGA